CAAUAAAUAAACAAACCGACGAAACCCACAAAAUAAACCUGCUAAACAUUCGUUUCAAGCAAAGAAAAAAAUCAAACAAAUAAGCUAUCGUUAUGGAUUUUGGUGACGACCCAUUAGGAGACGUGUUAUCCGAUGGAAGCAACGACAGUUUCUUCGAUGAACCCAGGCCUGCAUCCAAAAGGGCAAGUUUGACCAAAACCCCAGAAAAAAAGUCCAUCACAGACUUAUUCAACAUUACCGACAAAACCCCUGAAAAUAAUCAAGUGCCAAAACGACCGGAUGAUUGGUUGGGAUUAGAUUCCAAAGACACAAAAUCCCCUUCGCGUACUCAAAAAUUAGCCAAAAAAAUUAGCUUCGAUGAUGACGACGACAUUUUGGGCAAUUUAGGGCUAACAAAGAGACCUCAAAGUAAACCAGAAACCCAUUUGGAAGAAAAGAAAGCACCGUCAAAGAAAUUGGAUUUGCUUGAGAGUAUUUUGGGACCAUCUAAAAGCGAAGAUGUUAACAAACCAUCGACUUUUGAAGAUAUUUUAAAAGAGAGUAAAGCAAAGACUGCGACUCCGACUGCGACUCCAAAACUGACACCUUCUAAUCCACCAACAGAGCCUUUGUUGUUGAGCGAAGGGCCUCGAGAAGGUCGACGAAGGCGUAGAUCUUCUGCUGGAUUAUUAGACCCUUUAGGCUUAUUCAGUAGUGAAACAAAAAUUGAUGAUUCUGCAACUAAAGAAAAAACAAUCAUCAACUCUACUGAAACUCCUUUUUCAAAACCUACCCCUUCUAAAAGUACUCCAAAUAUUAUCUCUGAUCCAGGGCUUCCGGAGUGGCUUGGUGGCGGAUCCGCAAUCAAACAAAGCAAAUCGGAAAAUAUACUGCCUACGAAAGAAUCUAAACCAGAACCUGCUAAGCAAGAACCCGAAAAAAACGUGGAACCAAUAAAUGAAAGCGACCAAUCUACUUUAAAUACUAUUUUAACACAGCAAAAGUUGGCUCACUCUCAUAUGGAGUACCAAAAUACAGCUAUCACUCUUCAACAACAAGAAUCGCAAUUAUUAAUGGCUCUUCAGUUGAAAAAAUAUGAAGACAAUUUAUCCGAAAUGCAAAUGAAGCAACAGGAAGUUAUAAUGAAACAAGAACAACAAUUUAACAUGCUUCUAGAAAGACAAUUUGCUAAACAACAAAUCAUGGAAAAUAAUAUGCGUCUUCAACAAGAGCGAAUUAAUAAUCAUAUUCAAAUGUUAUUAGCACAACCACCAAUUGCAAAGCAUUUGGGUCAAGAGGAAAUGGACGAAUUAAAAAAGACAGCAAGUGAGGAAAGCGUGAAACUUUAUGAAAACAUAAUCAACUCUUUGAAACAAAGACAGCAUGAGGAAAUUUUCUUACUGGAGGAAUCCUACAAGAAACAAAUAAAUUUACUAGAACAAAGCUUGGAAUCAGUCGAAAAACGAUUAAAAAAUGACGUUGAAAAAAUAUCAGAAGUGUUUGAGAAGAAACUAAAAGCAGUACAAGAGCAACAUGAUAACGAAAUUACGAAAUACAAACAAAAAAUUCACGAAGCUGAAAUUCAACAUUCGGAAGAAAUAAAACAGAUUAGAGAAAGUAAUUCUAGAGUUAUUGAGGAAGUUAAAUACGAAUAUUCCACCCUUUUGGAAAAUGUAAAAGAAGCCAAAAAAUCUGAAACAUCAUUAUUUCAGGAAUCAAAUACUUACCUUCAGAAACUAGAUGACAAUAUUGAAAUCCUAUAUGCCAAUAGCAAAAGUUUAGGAGACCUCAAAGAUCAUAUCUACAAAGAUUAUGGAAUAUUAUCCCGAGCACGAGAAGAGUCUCUAAAAGCCAAGGAGCAAGAGAUUAUUUUAAUGAGAAGUACGCUAGAAAAAUGUCGUGAAGAAGCCGAAAAAGAGAGAGCAGAGCUUUUGGCUUUGGUGCGAACCUUAGAAACAAAGAUUGCAGAACAAAAUCAAAACGCUCGUGAAGAAAGAUGGGCAUUUCAGCAAGCAGCUAGUACUUUAGCUGCACGAUCAGCAGCUUUGGAUAGAGAAGCUGAGUUUAACAGAACAGCUUUCGAACGUGAAAGAGAACAAUUAAAGACCCUGAGGGAAUCCAUUUUGGCAGAACAAGAGAAAACCAUGUUGCAACUUUCCGAGGAAAAAUUAUCCCUCGCUGCUGAAAAAUCUCGGUUCGAAACAUCCAAUAAAUUAAUGGUCAAUUACGACUCACAAAAGGCUAAAGCCGAAAUCGAUGCUGCUGUUCAGAUAGCGAAGGAGGCAGCCGAAAUGGCAGACAAAGAGCGGGAAAGUCUUAACAAAGAGAGAUGCGAGAUGGAAAAAUUAAAGCGAUCUUUGCAAGAUCAUAAACGAAAAUUAAAUUUGAGAGAAACAGAAGUAGAGAAUUUAAUGAAAGAAGCUGAAAAUAAGAAAAACGAAGGUGAAAAAGCAAUUUUUGAGUCGAAAACUAUCGAAAACAAAUACAACGAAAGACUGAGGGAUUUACAAAAUCAGUUAAACAUGUUGGCAAACAGAGAAAAGAAGUUAGCAGAGGAGAAAAUUGCACUUUCUAAAGAACGUUUGUCGCUGAACACUCUAAUGCGUCAGAGUAAGAAGUGCAGUCUUUGUAGUGCUGAUCCUCAGAAACUUGAGGAAAGUAAUCUUAACAUAAACUCAGAUGUCUUAACGUCUUAUUUUUCUAGAUUUGAUCAUAUUGACAAUGAUAUUCUUCGUCUUCGCUUGGAAGCAACGGAGGAAAAUUUAUUGAACAUAAACCACGAUGUGCCAAGCUAAUUAAACAAUCUUUUCUAAAAACUUUUAUUAUUUGGUUUGUACGUUUAUAAAAAAUACAAUCUUAA